AUAGUAAGAAAAGCAAACGAGACAACACGGAAAUGAUUUUGAAUUUGGAAAUUUUCGCUAAAAAAUUCUUGCACUAAUCAUCAAAUCAGUUGCUUGUUUAUCAAAUAUUAAUCUUUGACCAGUUUGGACUUGCACACAUUUUCGAAUUUUGCCUGUGUUAGCUAAAAAGCAAUGAAAUUAAAUUUAUGGUGUCAUAACAAACGUGCAGUUUGAAUGCAAAAAAAUCACUGAAGAAUGUUAAAGUAACAUCAUGGAGACUAACAGUGAAAUGUACCAUCCCAACCAGCAGACAGAAAGGGGAACGCCAGGCAGUGGUGAGGAGAAUGACUUUGGAACACAGUCCUAUCAGGGAUAUUCAAAGCCAGCAGAUAUUUCCUAUGGGUUUGGUAGUCCAACCAAAGAUUGGAAUCUGUCUAAAUCGUCUCCAUCACAAGAAGAUGGGAAACUUCGUCUUGAGAACAAUCAACUAAGAAUACAAGUUAAACAAUUCCAGUUAGACCUGCAAGCUGAACAAGAGACGGUUUCCCAGCUAAAAAGACGUUUAAAUGCUGUAGAAAAAGAAAGACUUGAAUCAACAAGUCGUUCAAAUACUGAGAUUACUGAAUUGGAAGGAACAGUAGCUAGACUGAGGUCCCAGCUUGAGAAAGGAGAAGCUAUAAGACAGAAUCUGGAGUUUGAAUUAACCAAGUCAAGACGUGAUGUUAAUCAACAUAAACAAUCUAGUGCAGAAAAAAUGUCAAACUUUUCUGACAUCAGAGAAGAUUUGGAAAGAAAGAAUUUUGAGCUGACAGAAGAACUGACAAAAAUGGAAGACAAAGUACAGUCAACACGUCAAUCUGCAGAGGACAAAGAUAGAAAACAACAGAGGAAAAUAGAAGAAAAGAAUCAUGAGGUAUCCAAACUACAAACAGAGUUAGAGAUAAUGAGGGCAGAAAGAGACAAACUUGAUUCUCUGGUGCAGCAACAUGAAAAUGGAAUCGGAGAUAUGAGUGACAAAAUUCAAGAGUUGGAAAUUGAAAGAAAGAACCAGACAGAGAAUUUAAGGAGAACAUUAACAGAAAUAGAGUAUGCAAAAGAGAGGGAAGAUAGACUCAAAAAAGAUUUAGAGGCUGCAUUACAUAAACUGAGAAGUAUUGAAGAAAAUAUAGAAGCAGAAAGAGCAUCACAUUUAGAAACUAAAUUUAACUCUGAAAUUGUACAGUUAAGAGUGAGAGAUUUAGAGGGUGCACUAGAUGUGGAGAAAUCAGCCAAUAAUGAAGCAAACAAAGCCAUUGACCGACUGUCCAAACAGAUCAGAGAAUUGGAACAUUCUUAUGAUGAGGAAAGGAAGAAUGGGAAAGAACUAGGGAUUAAACUGGAAAGAACAGAAAAAGAAUAUAAAUCUGUGAAGAAACAGCUAACAAAUGAAGUAGACAACAAGAAAAAUGUGAUUGGUAGCUUGUCAAAAGAGUUAGAAGUCCAUCAGAAGAAUUUUAAUGAACUCAAAGAUGAACUUAAUAAGGCAAAGAAAAGACAGAUAUAUUUAGAAGAGACAUAUGGAGGAAGCAUGAGAGAGUUAGAAUUACUACUGCACAAUUUUCAAGUUGAUGACAAUCCUAAAAAAUCAAGAGGGAAGAAAGAAUCAGACAAAUUACCUGCCCCUACAACUGUUUUGGAGUCUCUGCGGCAUACUUUGUCAGAGUACAAGAGAAGGCUGGAAACUACUAGUGAUGAGCUUGUCAGGAUGAGGAAACUAUGUGAAAGUCUUGGAAAAGAAGUAGACCAAUGUAAGGAGAUGAUCUGGGCAAAAGAUAAAUCUUUAGAGGAUGCCCAGAAGAACUACACUAGGACAGCCAAGGAGUUAAAUAGAGUGAGAUCAGAGUAUGGUGAACUGGAGAGUACGCUCACUAAGAUGAAGAUAGACCUCCAUAGUACAGCAUCAAAUCAGACCAAGGAUAGAAAGAGGGUCCAUGAAUUAUCAGAGGAGAUUAUGAAGCUUGUGAAAAGACAGAAGAAUAAUGAUGAAGAAAAGUUAGCUUUUCUCCAUGGAAUGUACCAAAGAUUGUUGGCAGGACGAGUCAUGGUGUCUGCCAAAGAUCAUGGCUUGAACCAGUUCUCCUGGGGUGAUUUAGCCAGUUUGGUCUAUGAUCAAGUAUCAGCUUUAGUAUCAACUCAUCAAAGAGCUGAAGAAAAGGUACAUCAUUUAGAGGAAGCUUUAAGAGCCAAGGAAGGCGCUGUAGAAGAAAUACAGAAAUCAUAUGAAGAUCAGCUGAACAAAUUGACAUCACUUACUAAAGAAAGAGAACUGUCAUGGCAGAAACAAAAAGAAGAAAUAGAGGGACAUUAUCAACAGUUGUUAAAUGAAUUACAGAAUCGAUCUAAGAGCCAGCCAAAAACAAAUGGAAGACCUGCAAAAAGUCAGGCAAUGGCAGAUCAGGCGUGGGAGAAGAUUAGAAUGACAGGAAGUGUAAAACAGGGUCUAGAGGGGGAAGUUGUAGACCUUCGUCAACAGCUGACAGAGUCACGUAAACAUAACACAGCAUUGUUAGCAGCUGUCAGUUUGUUAUCAGGAGCUUUCUUUCCUCUGUGCUCUAGAAACAGUCAGUUGUCAUUACAGAGAAAGAUAUUAGAGGAUCAGUUAACUAACUGGGAGUUCUGUAGAGACAGGAUAGAACUGUUAGUGGCUACGUUAGGAGAGGAAAUGAAAGUCGUGAAGGAAGGGUCCAUAACAGAGAAAUCUAAACCAGUUAACUCUCGUAGACAGCCAUUAUUGUUGUUCAGGGUGGGUGUUGUAACAGUGAUAGCAGCUAACAGACUUCGUUGUUUAAGAAAUAGCUGUUCUAGGAUGUUUGUGACAUAUGAUACUGGUGUUUCUCCACAGAAUGGUUUAGUUGUGUGUACAGGAGGGGUUAAACCACCAGCCAUUUCAAUCUCAGGUGCUAGAGAAGACUUUGAUCAUGAACAGCAGUCACCAGAAGUCAUGCUUCAAUGGUUUUCUAAUCCAGAGUUACUGAACACAAUUCUGACAUCAACCUCUGAUUUCCUAGAGGUCAUAGACCAUGUUAAGGACAAAGAUAAAGCUUCUCAAACAGAAUCUCGAGCAGUUGUAAAUGCAGCCAAGAAUUGUUUUACCAAAUUAAUAGAUAAAAUAUCCAAAUAUUUUGAGGGUGUACCUGGUCAGCCACAAAUGGCAUUCAGAGAAAGGAAUUCUCUGGUCAGACAAAUGGGAAGAGCACUAACUAGGACAUGUAAUAGUCAGACUCUAGAACAGAAACAACAUUUGGUAUCAUUACAAGAAUUACUAGGUGCUUUACAGAAUCACAUUUUAGAUUUUACACAGAGACUACACACAGUGGAGGUGGAGAGAAGGAACUUAAUGAGUGAAAUGGACAAACUUAGGGAAGAAAGUGAAAUGGGGCCUGAUAGAGGGGAAGUAGAACAACUACAAGAUGAACUUAAUACUCUAAAAGAUAAGGAAUUACAGAAUGUCAGUAUGGACAAAUUUGAAUCAGUUUGUCACGAACUGAACAAUGCUCUACGCAGAGAACAACAGGCUCAACAGUUAUUAAUAGAACAAGGGAGACAAUUGGAAGAAGUAACAAUGAGAUUAGAUCUGUACACGACAGAGGGCAUGGAGAAAGAGCAAACCCUAACUGAAGCAGUUCAUGGUUUAGCCGAAACCAAGAUGGAAGUAAAACGUAAAGAGCAGACAUUACGUCAGUUAAACAGACAAGUCAUUACAUAUGAAGGGGACAAAAAGACCUUGAUGCAGAAUAUUCAUGAUGCUGAAAAAGCUCUUAGAACUGUCGCAAAAGACAAAGAAAUAUUGAUUGUUUAUGUGAAGAAUGUUGAAAAUGCCUUAGAACAGGCAAGGAAAGAAUUAUUGUUAGCCAAACCUGUGUCUGGACGAGAAAUAUCUUUGUCCAAGCUGUUACUGAAUGCUGACUUUAUACCUGGGGAUGUGGGGAAAGCAGGUCAAGAGCUAAUAGCUUGCCAGAAUUUGGUUGGAGCAUUUGUAGAUCACCAGAACCAAGCCUAUGCUAAAGUGAAAGCUUUAGAGGAUGAGAUAGAAUCACAUAGGAGACAUAUACUGACACUGAAGAGAGAACUCAGUGAUGCUGUCAGGAGGGAGUAUGAAGAAGAGUCUCAAAUACCGACCAGAGAUUGUCAUAAAGGACACAGUGAAGAAGACUUCUUUGACUCCACAAGUGCUGAAUUCUUGCCUAUAAAAGAAGAUUCUGAUAUUUCCUUUGUUGCUGCUAAAGUAGCCACUCCAAAAACUGGCAGUAAGAAAACUGAUAAGUCACCUAAAUACAUGACACCAACUCGUUCAUCCAGAUCACAUGUCCGUCCUAAAGCAUUUGAACCACAUGGGCGGUAGUUGUUAUUUUGGAUGAUCUUACAGUGAAAUCCAUUAACAGUUACAGGGAAAUCUAUAUUAUCUGUGAUAUUACAAAGAACUAUGCCAUAGUUAUCAUUAUAUUUGCCACCUAAAGAUUGUUAUUGUUUAAUUUUGCCUGAUUAUCAGGCUUCAACAUAGGAUUAAGGUGAAGCUGUAAAUAUCCAUCAGAAAGAGAGUUAAAUUCAUUUUGUCAGAUCUUAAAAGUUUUGACCUUUCACAAAAUGUGUGAAUGUCAAAUGGUCAUGUGUUUUAAUAUGAAUCUGACAGCAGAUUAAUGUACAGUAUUUCCUCAAGAGAUGUCUGUUAGACAGGGUUGAAUCUAAAAUGCAGUCAGGUCUGAUUAAAAUUUAUUUUACUUACAGAUUUGGUAAAUAAGAUUUUUAAUAUGAAUCUGGAUUAAAUCAUAUUUGUAAUGCCAUGUAUAGAUACUGGAUUCCAAGCAUUAAUUUGAAAGGCCAGUUUCUCAAGACUAGUUCAUCAAAUUUUUAUUAUGAAUUACAAAAAGUCUCAACAUAUAAUAUGUAUUUUGUUGUAAUGUGAUUACAAAAUUGUUUAAUCUUAAUUCAUAUAAUAAGAAACAAAGCAGGCUAAAAUAUUCUACUCAUAUUAUUAGAAUACCAAAUAUCUUAAUCAGGAAGAUAGAAAAUAAUUAUCCAAUAGUUCAGUGCCAAUAUAUUACAAUCAUGUAUAGCAGUAUUAAAGUAGAAGUAAAACUGUAUAACUUAAGUGUCUUUUCAAACACAAGAUAUUCCAUAAUAUAUAUUGAUUACAAAUUGAACAACGUUAUGUUUAACUACAACAAGUGUUUUAUGCAAAUUUUUUUUAUAUUCUUUGUAAUUAAAAUUUGUACAGAAAUGCACAAAAGUGGAUAUUACUGAGAACUUAUUUCUGUGAUAUUAUUUAUAUUUUAUUUUGUUCAUUUAUUUAUUGUUUUUUCAGUACAUUCCGUCCAAUUUUAGUUUUAUCUUUGUAAAAUAGGAAGAAAAUAUUAUCAAAAUCAUGUGAAAGUAUAAAACUAGCAGUUUCUUAUAAAUUUUGGGUUGAAUCUUGUAACUCAAAAUGAAUUGAUAAGUAUUUAUUAAGAAACAUCUCUUAUCAGAAAAUAUGCUAUAAUUAUCUUCUGUACUAAGGGUAAAACAUGAUCAACUUGGUUUAAAAUCAUUGCUUUGUCUGAUAUUUUCAAAGGCAUCAUAUUAGGAAAACAUAUCUUUGAUAUUUCUUAUCAAUUUUCACAGGGUUUUUUAUUUUCAUUUUUACAUUUUUUUGCAUUUAGUUCAAAAUCUGCAUUUAUUUUUAUGUGAAGGUUGUUUAUAUAUAAAAUUUUGUUUUUGUUUUUAUAUUAUACAUCAUAAUUUUAAUACAUACAGGUGACAUACCUGUUAUUUUUUUUUUCAACAAAUCAUCUUAAAAUAUUAAAAUAUUUAAAGCUUUCUACAUAAAAAAAAAAACUGAAGAUAAGUGUUAAAAUUAAGGGCACAUAUUAACUGUGAACACAGUUGAUGAAAAUUUUCAACAACUUUUUAUCAAUGGUUUUGGAAAAACUAUUGUCAGCAAUUAAAAUGCGCUGAAAUAUUGAAGUUACAAAGUCAUUUGAAUUUUGAAUAAAUUUCAUGGAAUUAACAUGCUUUUAUAAAACUUUUUAGAAUUGAAUAAGAUAAUUUUGAAUUUGUUUUUGUUCUUCUUGUUGGUUUUUUUUUGUGGUACAUGUGUUUUAUUUUUCAGAAGUUUCAGAUUAGCUACAUGCUGAUAUUAUCGAAUUGAAUUUAGAUUAGGACUAAGAUUAUGUAGAUUCCAUAACUUCCAAGUUAUAGAUUAUUAUGUAAACAAUCAUUAUUAUGAUGUGUAAUCAAAAUAAUAAAAGCAUUAUAUUUCCAGGCA